GUAGGAUUUCUAUAGUACAAACGUAUUCCAACACGGCUCGUUCUUCGAACGGUAGGCAUCAUGUCGACACAUAAAAAAAAGACGAGGAAGUUGCGUGGGCACGUAAGUCAUGGACAUGGUCGUAUAGGCAAACACAGGAAGCACCCCGGUGGUCGCGGUAAUGCUGGUGGUCUUCACCAUCACCGUAUUAACUUUGAUAAGUACCAUCCUGGUUACUUUGGUAAGCUUGGUAUGAGAAAUUACCAUUUACGUCGUAACACAAAAUGGUGCCCUACUUUAAAUUUAGACAAAUUAUGGGCAUUGUUACCUGAACACAGAAGGCUAAAGUACGCUAAAAUGGAAAACAAAGUACCUGUUAUCGAUUUGGUUAAAGCUGGAUAUUACAAACUCUUGGGAAAAGGUCGGCUUCCAAAGCAACCAGUCAUCGUAAAAGCAAAAUUCUUCAGUAAAUUGGCAGAAGACAAAAUCAAGGCAGUUGGCGGUGCAUGCGUUCUUUCCGCAUAAGUUUUACGUAACUUGGAGGACUCGACGCAAGUACUUUCACUGUGUACAUAUUCUUAAUAAAAUUUAUAAAAACCUAAUUUCAAAAG